UUCAACCGUUGGGUAGAUUUGGCAGAGUAAAAGUUCAGCUUCUACACCAACACUGAGGAGCAGCAGUGCAUUAAUGGUGUCAGGAUAUCAGGUGAAAUUAAGUCAGCAGUUGGAAGCAGAUCAGUUGCAGCUCAGCCAGCAGGAUGACAAGAAUCAGAAAGCAGUCAGUCAAUACCUAAAGCAACUACAGUCCUUCAAAUCUUCCAGUCACAGUCACGAGUCACCAUCCCAGCAGCCUCUAAGAAAGAAAACUGUCGACUUAAUGGAGAGAAAUAAGAAAACCCUUUCCCUGUUUAUUCUGCUGCCUGUGCUGCUGCUCUGCAGAAGUGAUGAGUGUCCCAGCCUGCCACAGAAUCUCAUUUGCUACACUGACUACAAUAAAAUCAUCACAUGUUUGUGGAACAGCAAAUACAUGUCUGAUGACACUGCAUGCACGAUAGAUGCUCACUAUAAAUCUCGACGCAUUUCUUACAGCGCUUCCUGUGACCUAAAAUCUGUUGACGUCUCCAGACCAGCGCUAAAGAAGUGCUCCCUGAUCUUUGAAAUUGAAUACACUUUUCUGUCUUCCCAUGUGUUGUCCCUCAAUCUGAACUGCAACCAAAUGAAGAGUGUAAUUACUUCCUUCAAGCCAUCCUGUCAUAUAAAGGUGAAUCCUCCUGCGGAGCCAAAAGUUUACUUCACCUCUGUUUCCUGGUUGUCCCAAGUCUCUGAACAUGAAAGGAUCAGUUCAUACAGUAGUGAACUGCAGUGGAAGAAGCAGGAUCAGUCAUGGAGUGAUCCUGCUGUGCGCAAAAAACGUGGCAUUCAGUGCAAUGAAGAGGUGGAGUGCAAGAUACAGCCAGGGUGCAAGGCAGAGCUGGAGCAAGAUUUGCUGAUACGAGGCGAGAGGUACGAGGCACGAGUUCGUGUGCGGUCUGUUAAACCUCAACCCGAGGGAGCCUGGAGUGACUGGAGCCCCACUGCAUCAUGGGAGUCACAAAUAGGGAAAAUAAAACCAACAUCAGGUAAUACGUUUGUUGUGCCUGUAACGAUAGUCGGUGUGGUGGUGUUGCUGGCAGGCCUGCUCUUAAGCACUCACAAAACCACCCGGGUUUACAUAGUAAAGAAAAUCAAAGGUCGACCCAUACCAGACCCAGGAAAAUCCUUCCUGCGAGAAAUCCAGAGUGGGUUCACCAGUGAAUACUUUCACUCCUUCUUGAAACCAGUGGAAAUGAUCACUGUAGAAUUAACCUCGCCUGUGGAUGCUGUUGUGGCCUACAAGCCAGAUGAGAAGAUGGUGUUGAACAAAGGCAGCUAUGACUCCACCAGCUCCAGCUUCUCUAACCCAAGUUACUCUGAGCUUUGUAGCCCUCCUCCUAUUUCUUCACUCACUGCUGGGAACCUGAAGCCCUGUGCGGCUGACACGCCUUAUGGCCCUGUUGGUGGUCAGGGUGAAGGAAAAAGCACAGAACAGGAAAGCGAUGAAGCGAGAGAGAAAGAAAAGGAGACGUUAAUGUUGCUGCUCAAAGGCAGCAGUAAGAGUGAGCCAGUGCAGGUGAUUUCAGACUACGAGAAAACUGAGAGGCUCGACAAUGAUCGAUUUAGGCUCCAGAGUCUAGAUUCAGGCAUGUGCAGUUGUGAAGAGGUCAGUGAAGAGAGCAUGGAGGCAGAUAGCAUCAAUAUGACUGAUAGCCAUGAUGAGGAACCUGAGGGUGAGGAAGAGAAGGAGGAAGGGAAUGAACAAAAGGCAGAUUUUCAGAGGCUGUUUGGAAGCAGCGGAGGUGUGUUUGGCAAGUUUAUUCCGGUUUGCUCUGAUUAUGAGCGAGUGGAGAAACAGCAGGCUGACAGCCCGGAGCUUCCCAGCUUGGAUUCAGGUGUUAGCAGUAGUGAAGAGGAGACAGGUCACAUGACACAGGGGUUUGCUCUGAUGUCAACAGGCCGGUCGGUGGAGCCCUCUGGUGCUGGAUAUAUGCCAGUGAAACAGGAGGAGGGCUGAGAGCAGACAGCAGGCUCAACUAGCAGGACAAAAUAGCAUGUAGCACUUGGAGGAGUCAUCACAGCCAGUCAGUUCUCAGGAAAAUGUAACAUCACAUAAAUCUUUAUCCACUUCACGCUGUUUAGUAAUGGUGGUGGUGAUAUUCAAUGUAUUUUAUAUUUUAAAUGCAUUUUCUUUUAUUUUUAUAUUUAUGCAAAAUUAUGUUUCAUAUAUCAGAACUGUGCACUAUAACCUUGCUUUUAAAAGUGAAUUAUUACAUCAGAUAUUUCUACUGUUAAAAGAGAAAUGCAUUAUCUAAUGAAAAACUAAACUCAAAUUAAUAAUAAUGUGGUUAUAUGAAUAAAACUGUUUGCAUUCAUAUUGUGUUUUUAGUGAGAUCAUCUAAAUGGCAUGUAGCUUAUUGUACUGAAAUAAUGUUGGUAAAGGAAUGUAAGUUCCAGAUAGCUGAGAUAGUUGUGUUUUCUGUAUAGUGUGUGAACUGAUGUCAUUUAGAGGGUAUCAUGAUAAUCACAUAUUAACUAUAAUCAGGAUAUUUGAAAAUCAAAUGUCUAGAUAUAGACUGAUAUAGAUAUGUCUUGUGAAAAAUGUGAUAUUGUGACAGCCCCAAGGACAACAGUACGGUAUUAACAGAGCUGUGUCUGUCGCCAUCAUCUGUCAAAUAAAUAUCAACAUUUCUAACUUACAUUUGAACGGCAGCUAACAUAAACUUUACUUCAUAACAUUACUGACCUUUAUAAGAGCUUGCAUUUGUUUUUUGUUUUUUUAAGAAUUUUACUCUUAAAUUAAAUUCAAAUAUAAAUAGUCAUCAUCUUUAACACAAAGUUGUUCCUGUGUUUUCUCUGGGUUUUGAAAGGGUGGCCAUGCCCACUCUGAUGCAUCGAUGUCGGGAGAACCGCCUCUUCCUCGUCCCUGUCGUUUGUCCAGGGUUGUGGGGGCGAGGCGACAGGGCUCCACGCUGACACUGGGACAUAUGAUGCGUCAUCAAGCCAGUUUCCAAACGUGGAUGAAUCUUGGGCGUCAGAAUAUUGGCCAGAGUCACUGCGCCAGCUGCCGCAGAGUUUUGCAGCGCUCAUGUCGGUACGUGGUUCCGUCGCUCUGACGUCUGUUUCAGAAGAAGUGAUGAAAGAUUUAAUUUUUUCUUGGAGAAAAAAAUGUUGUCGCGCAUCUAAUGAAAUGUAUACGAACCCUUUCAACAAACAUACUCAGGUUUAAAAUUUGGGCACAGGAUAGAGGGCUUUUGCAUUUUAUUGGCAGUAAUAAAGCGCUGUUACUCAGACGUCACAUUCACACCGCCCUUUUUUUCCCGAUGUUGAACAGUGACCACUGUGAAAAGUUCUAAUGUACAUAAAGUUUGUCUUUUCCUCUAUCUAGUUGUUUUUUUAAUAACAACUUGAUUGUUUAACAAUGAUCAAAAUUAGAUUAAAUAUUUUAUUCAAGAAACCAGACAGGCACCAACAGAGCCGUGUGAAUAAUCACUAUAUAAUGCAAUAUACGCAGCUUUAAAAAGGGUUUGACCAUGAAUCACAUAUUUGAAUCAGCAGGUAGAGAACUUUACUUUUCCUACCACUAUCUGUGCCUGAUAUUGACAUCCCCCGUUACCACCGGCUGUCAGUGACGCUUGUCUCUCUCAUGAACUAGCUAAAGUGCCAAAUACAGAGGUUAAGA